CCUUGGAUUUGUACGUUCUGCAGGUAUACAGAUGAGGAAUUCCUGGGUUCUCGUAUAGCAUGACGAAUUCAAGAGGAUCGAGAUGAAGUUUGUGGUAUUGCAGAAGUUCGUAUAACGAGUAGGUUGGAUUGGUUUCCUAUCAUGUAGAACAAGCUAUUAAUAUCCUACGCUACUAACCGCGUUAUCUGUUGUCAUAAAUGGAUGAAGAACAGCUUUAUAGCUACACGAGGAAUUCCAGUAACUCAGUAUUCAAAACAAACGCAAACUCCUGCAAAACAGCAAAGAACCGGGAUUGCGUGGUUCGUAGACCGCAUAGUAAAGACACAACGAGGCUAAAACGAUGUCCAUCACAACUGCUUGGGCGGCCACUAGAAGACUAUGAUUGCUCUGAGAGUGGUCAUGAUGAGCCUUCACCAAACACGUUCAUAGUGUUGAGCCGACKGACCAAGAAUGCACCUGAUCAAGUUCAGCGGUUUAACAAGUCAAAGAGUCUGUUUUUGUUGGGACCAGAGCAUCCUGUCAGGCUGUUUGCUAUUCACAUCCUCAUACACAAGUAUCCUUACUACAAUUAUAUACUACAAUACUAAUUGUAAUCUUCAAAUAUCUUAAGUUGGUGUAAAUUUCUUCAUACUUUGAAUCGGUCCUUUCUUUUUCUUUUGUUGCGAAAGUAAAGGUACAUCAUCUAGUUAAACAUUACACUUCACCAUCACCUUUAUCGCUUGUGAAGUGUGUUUAUCCCAAGAGCCCACACUUAUUCCAGCGGGAUAUCGAGACUCUAUGGAAUAAAAUAUUGCAUAAUGAAACGUCAAUAGGAUCACUCAGUAGUUCUGACAACGUGUCAUUUCUUUGGUAAAAAGUAGCAUUCACAUUGGGGUAUCUUCUCAAUUCGGUUAGUGGCAAACAAAGAAGUAAUGCUAGCAGUUUGCAGCUAAUCUGCUGAUGGGAGAAUUAGCAAAGUAUUUGGGUCCAUUUGGGUAGAAAUGAAUUAGUUAAACUAUU